AUGCCGCGAGGAGACUGCCCCAUGACCACACCCAACGACUGCUAUAUCGACCUGCGAGGCUUGCCCUUCCACUACCGCGACUGGGGCGGCGACGGGCAGCCGGUGCUACUGCUGCACGGGCUGGCGUCGACCUGCCACAUCUGGGACCUGGUGGCGCCGCUGCUGGCGGAGGACUUUCGGGUCGCCGCCCUGGACCAGCGGGGGCACGGGUUGUCGGCGCAGGUGGACGACGGUUUCGACUUUGCCACCGUGUCCGGCGACGCGGCGGCGUUCAUCGGAUACCUGGGGUGGGAACGCCCCGUUAUCGUAGGCCACUCAUGGGGCGCGGACGUCGCGUUGGAACUGGCGGCCGCCGAACCCGAUUUGGCGUCCGGCCUGAUUUUCGUGGACGGCGGGACCAUCGAGCCGUCGGCGCGGCCGGGAUGGUCUCUGGAGCAAGCGCGGCAGGAUAUGGCGCCUCCCAUCUUCACCGGCUUCACGCCGGAGAUGAUGCGCGAACGCGUGGCUACCGGCGCGCGGUUCGGGCCCGAUCCCUCGGAAACAGUGAUUGAGGCGGUGCUGGCCAACUUCCGGGUGCUGGAGGACGGGACGAUUCAGUCCCACCUGCGCCGCGAGAACCACCUGCGCAUCAUCGACGCGCUGUGGGACCACCGGCCGUCACAGCUCUACCCCACGCUGCGGUGUCCGGUCCUGAUGCUGCCGGCGCGGCAGACCACGCCUGACGCAAUGGACCGCCGGUUCCGGCGUGAAGAGUCCAUGGCCAAAGCGGCGGCGCUGUUGCCGGUGAGCCAGACGGUGUGGCUGGAAGACAGCAUCCACGACGUGCCGUUGCAACGCCCGGAACUGGUGGCGGAAACCAUGCGGGAGCACAUCAACAACGGUUUCUUUGACCGCAAAACGUAG